UAUAAGAGAAGUGGAUGCGGCAUAAGAGUGUCAAAUUUGAGCUCUGAAUAUUGAACUUCUAAAACUAGCUCUCUUUUUCUCUCUCAUCUUCUAUUGAUCUUCUUCAACUCUGGCUUUUUCUUUUUUUUUAGCUUUUGGCUUUUUAGUGAUACAUAAAGAUGGCUACAACGUUGGCGAGGACGAAAUCGGAGCAAUUGGUGGAGACGGUGGCGGCAGCAUUUAAGUCGCCGCCAUCAACCACCAACGAAACUGUUGGAUCGGCUGAUAGCGGUGGGACACUUUCGAGGAAGUCUAGCCGGCUAAUCACGGCGGCUUCGCCAGGGAGAGCCAGCGGCGCCAGCAAAAACACCCACAUUAGGAAGUCGAGAAGUGCCCAGAUAAAGCUUGAUUUCGACGAUGUCAGCAGCGGCGCGGCUCUUAGCCGAGCUUCCAGUGCUAGCUUGGGCUUGUCUUUCUCCUUCACGGGCUUCACUGUGCCUCCUGAUGAAAUCGCCGAUUCUAAGCCUUUUAGCGACGAGGAUAUCCCUGAAGAUCUUGAAGCUGGAAUUCGUAAGCCAAAAUUUCAAGCUGAACCUACUUUGCCUAUUUAUCUCAAGUUCACUGAUGUGACAUACAAGAUAAUCAUCAAGGGAAUAAGAACGAAUGAAGAGAAGGACAUCUUGAAUGGGAUUACUGGUUCAGUAAAUCCAGGAGAGGUUUUGGCUUUGAUGGGUCCCUCAGGGAGUGGAAAAACAACACUCCUAAAUUUGCUUGGAGGGAGGCUGUUCCAGUCCACGGUUGGAGGGUCAAUUACUUACAAUGAUCAGACAUUUUCUAAGUCAUUAAAAAGCAGGAUAGGGUUUGUAACUCAAGACGACGUGCUAUUUCCUCACCUCACAGUGAAGGAAACAUUAACAUAUGCUGCACUCCUACGAUUGCCUAAGGCAUUAACAAAAGAGCAGAAGGAAAAAAGAGCAAUAGAUGUCAUUCAUGAGCUUGGCUUAGAGAGGUGCCAAGAUACUAUGAUUGGUGGCUCGUUUGUUCGAGGAGUUUCAGGGGGAGAGAGGAAGAGAGUUUCCAUUGGCAAUGAGAUUAUAAUCAACCCUUCUCUUCUUUUUCUUGAUGAGCCAACCUCUGGCCUGGAUUCUACAACAGCUCUGAAAACUGUUCAGAUGUUACAUGACAUAGCAGAGGCUGGAAAAACAGUGGUGACAACAAUCCACCAGCCAUCAAGCAGACUCUUCCACAAAUUCGACAAGUUGAUUCUUCUUGGGAAGGGAAGCUUGCUCUACUUUGGAAAGGCAUCGGAAGCAAUGACAUAUUUCUCAUCGAUAGGAUGUUCCCCUUUAAUUGCCAUGAACCCUGCAGAGUUCCUGCUAGAUCUUGCAAAUGGAAAUGUAAAUGAUGUUUCUUUACCAUCAGAAUUAGAGGAUAGAGUGCAAACAGAGUGUGCAGAUACUGACACUAGGAAUGGAAAACCAUCUCCUGUCAGCGUGCAUGAGUAUCUGGUGGAGGCCUAUGAUACAAAAGUUGCAGAAAAUGAGAAGAAGAAACUUAAGAUUCCUCUUCCUCUUGAUGAAGAACUGAAGUCAAAGGUGAGUUGUCCAAAACGAGAAUGGGGAGCAAGCUGGUUUCAACAAUAUUCUAUAUUGUUCUGUAGAGGAAUUAAGGAACGGAAGCAUGAUUACUUCAGCUGGUUGAGAAUCACCCAAGUUCUCUCCACUGCAAUUAUCUUGGGAUUACUAUGGUGGCAAUCAGAUGCUCACACUCCCAAAGGCCUGCAAGAUCAGGCAGGACUUCUUUUCUUCAUCGCCGUCUUCUGGGGAUUCUUUCCUGUCUUCACUGCAAUCUUUACAUUUCCUCAAGAAAGAGCCAUGUUGAGUAAGGAACGUGCGGCAAAUAUGUAUAGAUUAAGUGCAUAUUUCUUGGCUAGGACUACAAGUGACCUUCCGCUUGAUCUGCUUCUACCAAUAUUGUUCCUUGUGGUCGUAUACUUCAUGGCAGGCUUAAGGCUGAGUGUUUCUCCCUUUUUCCUAAGCAUGCUUAUAGUUCUUCUUAGCAUUGUGGCAGCUCAGGGUCUUGGACUAGCUAUUGGAGCUACACUCAUGGACCUAAAGAAGGCCACAACUCUGGCUUCAGUAACUGUGAUGACCUUCAUGCUGGCUGGUGGAUUCUUUGUGAAUAAAGUCCCAGUAUUCAUAUCUUGGGUUAGGUAUAUGUCUUUCAACUACCACACCUACAAGCUUCUCCUCAAGGUUCAGUACCGACACAUCACACCCACCAUUAAUGGGAUGAGAUUAGAUUCUGGAAUAACGGAAGUUGGUGCUCUGGUAGCUAUGGUUUUUGGAUAUCGUUUUUUGGCAUAUCUUUCAUUGAGAAGGAUGAAACUUCAAUCUGGAGCUUAAAGGGUGUUUGAACAAUUUUUCAAGGAAAGCUUAGGUCUAACCAAAAUACUUUCCGGUUUCAUCUGCAUCAAAAGCUAUCUUUAUGGAAGCCUUAUAUUCAUAUCUCAACUAAGAGAAAGCUAUUAAGAGUGAUUAGAUAAAGAAAACCCUGUAUUCUGUAUUCUAAAAAUUUGAGAAUUUUUUUUUCUUGUUAUAGUAGGUUAUAAAAAUAUAACAGGACCAGUUCCUCUCGGCGUGUAUGAAAAUGCAUAUGUAAAAAGAAUUUUUCAGAGAUGUUAUUUUUAAAGAGAUCGAAGACAAUGAAGUGAAAGUUAAUGAGUUUUGUUGA